AUGCUACGAUCCACUAUACCCCUACUGAUGAAAAGUAUCCCGCAGAAGGCAAUGACUAACCCUACCUUCGCCUUACAGGCACCCAAGAUCACUUUGACCAAAGUGGAACAAAAUAUCUGCAACUUGCUUAACGACUAUAUGGAUCUGUACAACGGAGAGCACCAGAAUAAACCCGAGCCAUUGACGCUUCGAAUCACGGGCGGAUGGGUGCGCGACAAGCUGCUGGGCCAAGGUUCUCACGAUCUAGAUAUCGCCAUCAAUGUCAUGACCGGUGAACAAUUUGCGACUGGUUUGAACGACUACUUGCAGCAGCAUUAUGCCAAGUAUGGAGUCAAGCCACAUAAUAUCCACAAGAUUGACAAGAACCCUGAGAAAUCGAAGCAUCUGGAGACCGCUACCACUAAGCUGUUUGGUGUUGAAGUGGAUUUUGUAAAUUUGAGAUCUGAAAAGUACACUGAACUUUCUAGAAUCCCUAAAGUGUGCUUCGGUACACCUGAAGAAGACGCCUUGAGAAGAGAUGCUACAUUAAACGCUCUUUUCUAUAAUAUUCAAAAGGGUGAAGUGGAAGACUUCACCCGGAGGGGUCUGCGAGACCUGAAAGAAGGUAUUCUGCGUACUCCGCUUCCUGCCAAACAAACGUUUUUGGAUGACCCCUUGAGAGUGCUAAGAUUAAUCCGUUUUGCCUCUAGAUUCAACUUCGCCAUAGAUCCGGAAGUCAUGGCUGAAAUGGGCGACCCACAGAUCAAUUCUGCCUUCAAUUCCAAAAUUUCUAGAGAACGUGUUGGUGUAGAAAUGGAGAAAAUCCUAAUAGGUCCAACUCCACUAUUGGCUUUGCAGCUGAUUCAAAAAGCACAUUUAGAUAACGUCAUAUUUUUUUGGCAUAACGACAAAUCAGUGGUAGAAUUCAACGAGAAAAACUGCCAAGAUAUAAAUAAAAUCAAGCACGUCUACGAUGAUAACAUACUGAACUCACACCUGCAAAGUUUCAUAGAAUUAUAUCCAAUGUUCUUGGAGAAACUUCCCAUUUUGAGAAAAAAGAUUGGUCAAUCACAUAGUUUCCAGCAGAACUUUAUACUAAGUGCGAUUUUGUCCCCCAUGGCCAAUUUACAAAUCAUUGGAAACCCUAAGAAGAAACUUAAUAACUUGUUAUCCGUCCCAGAAAGUAUUGUGAAAGAAGGGUUAAAGUUGAGUAAAAAUGACGCAGUGAUCAUUGCAAGAACUGUAGAUUCAUUGGGGUCGUACGAGGAAUUGGUUUCGAGAUUUACAAAUGGCUCGCUGUUGCAAAAAUCGGAAAUCGGUAUAUUCUUGAGAAGUUUCAUUGGCGAAUGGGAAAUCGCUCAUUUCACGUCCCUCUUAGAUGCAUUUUUAAAAAUUCCCAGAUCUGAAACCGGAAGAACUGAGUCUCUUCUCCAAAAUUACAACGCAUUUUAUUCUUAUAUAUACGACAAUAGUUUGGAAGAUUGCCACGAACUAAAACCCAUAGUGGACGGCAAGCAAAUGGCAAAAGUACUGGAAAUGAAACCUGGCCCGUGGUUAGGUAAGAUUAAUAAUGAGGCAAUCAGGUGGCAGUUUGAUAACCCUGAAGGAACCGAUACUGAGUUAAUAACCCAUUUGAAAGCCAUACUACCAAAAUAUCUAUAA